AACAAAGUAUGAUUGAGACAAAUUUACGUACUAGAAGAAAUAUAAGCAUUCAAGCUGCUUUGAAUGAGGUGCCUGUCAAAAUGCAAGCAUGGCCAGAAUGGUGGAAACCUUAUCUGGCUGCAUGGAAAAGAAUAGAAGGACGUAUUGCCUCAAGCUCAGACUCCUGGCCAUGGAGCCUUGAAGACAUACACAUGGCAGAAAUUAAAGGUCACGAGUAUACAGUCAAGAAAGCAAUAGAAUAUUUACGAAAGAAAACAGUUCACCCUAUUACGGCCCGAAACAACUUCCAGUUGAACGAGUGGAACUGGCUACGAAUGAAUUUUAUCCAUAAUAAGAAAAAAGAUAUAGCCUGGCGGCUUCAACACAGAGCAUUACCUCUUGCAUUGACUGUAACAAUAGUCAAAGAAUAUGGAAGACCACUUACGGCUUUCUUAAAGGAACGACUGACAGGUAGCAAUGUCAACCAACAACAUAAACGAAAGGCAGUACUUUGGGUGAAUAUUGACACGAUUUAUGAAAUAUGGUACUGGUACACGCAAGUCAAAUGGGGGAAAAAGCAGAUACCAAUGGUAAUUCUCGAACACAUAGUAAAGGACAGAAUUAGUAAAGAGUUAAAGGUUCUCAAAGAGAUUAAAAACAAUGUCAAAAAAGAUCGGGAUAACUUACUCCGACACCUAAUUUUUGAAAAUCUAUCUGUACAUUAA